AUGCGACCACGACAGACCCUCACACUUGGAGCUAUCGUGCUCUUGUGCUUCCUCGCCUACAGCGUGCUGCAGCUAGGAACGCCCAAACGACCUACCACGCUCCUACCCAACCUGAACCUACCGAGACCACCGCCUUCCAACGUCAAGAAUGUGCACGAAGACCCCAAUCUCAAUCGUCCACCCGCCGAUAUCGAUCAUGAUGCGCCGCGAACCAAGUUCAAACCCGCGCCCGGCGGCUCUCACCCCGUGUGGCAUCUCAUUAAGGAGGCCGAGAACAAGCUAGAAGAGACCAAGGCGCGCCAGUCAAAGACGCUUGCAGACGCAGUGGCCGAGUAUCGUCGCCGCUACGGGAUCCCUCCACCGCCCAACUUCGACAAGUGGUUCGAGUAUGCCACAAGCAAGGGUGUGCAGCUGAUUGACGAGUUCGACCUUAUCCAUGAGCUCAUCACGCCCUUUUGGGGCCUCAAGCCCUCCACGAUCCGCGCCCGCGCGGCCGAGGCAUUGGGAUGGGACAACGCGCUGCUGGGCGUACAGAUCCGCGAGGGUAGGAUCACACACAUACAAGGCGGCGGUGACUGGCAGCGAGACGCAACAGAGGGUAUGAUGAAGCCGUUCCUGGCCCACCUUCCCAACAUGGACCUGGCAUUCAACAUCCACGACGAGCCCCGCGUGGUUGUGCCGCAUGAUGACAUGGAACGGCUGGUGGCAACGGCCAAGAACAAGAACAUGAAGGCGGCGAAUGCAGUGACCAACCCGCGGAACUAUUUCACCAAGAAACCGCGGGAUCUGAACGACGGCACGUAUUUCACAGAGACCAAGCUCACGCGCUUCAACGUAUUUGCACACCAGCCCGUCUGGACGCACUCGCGUAUGUCGUGCCCGCCUGAGAGCCCAGCGCGUGCGCUGGAGGAGGUCGACCGUGUGGAUGACGUGGAGAGGUACGCGAUGAGCGAGCUGGGUUUCGUCUACAACGAGACGGCCAUGGCAGACAUCUGCUACAGCCCGAGCCUCAGCUCGACGUAUGGGUUUUUUGAUAGGCCGAACGCCUACAACAUCGUGCACGACCUGUUUCCCAUCUUUUCACAGAGCAAGAUCUCGUCGUACAACGACAUACUAUACCCCUCCCCGUGGUAUUGGUACGACAAGGUUCCUUACGAGGAGAAGAAGGACAUGAUCUGGGCCACGAAGAAAGACGAGCUGUACUGGCGAGGCUCGACCACGGGCGGGUUCUCGCGGAACGGUGGGUGGCGGCGGCAGCACCGACAGCGACUGGUGCAGAAGCUCAACGCGGCGGACCAGGCCAAGAUUCUAGGCAACCAAGGCGACGAGACACAUCCGGAAUGGGUGGUGAAAGAGGUGCCCCGUGGUGACUACAAAGAUCUCAUCAAUGUUCGCUUCUCUCACGUGGGGCAGUGCGACCCCGGCGACUGCGACGCGCAGACCGAGUUCUUCCAGGUCACGAGCCGGGUGGAGCAGCAGGAUGCGUGGCAAUACAAGUAUCUCCUGGACAUGGACGGCAAUGCCUUCUCGGGCCGGUUUUAUGCGUUCCUCAAGAGCAGGAGCCUGAUCUACAAGUUUGCCCUCUUCAGGGAAUGGCAUUACGAGUGGAUAAAGGCGUGGGCGCACUACAUCCCCCUCAGCCUGCAUGGAGACGAGUGGCUCGAGGCUGUGCGUUUCUUUGGUGACGGAGAGCUGGGGAAGAAGGAGGCAGAGCGAGUGGCGUUGCAGGGGAGGGAUUGGGCAAACAAAAUAUUGCGAAAGGAGGAUAUGGAGGUGUGGUUCUUCAGGCUAUUGUUAGAGUACGCGCGUGUCAUCGACGACGACCGGGAGAAUAUUGGAUUCUCUGUUUUCACCACUUCGUCCUGA